AUGGCCUCCAAACGUGUCCAGUCUCUAUCAGGCUUCCUUCCCCUUCUCCUUAUCGCAUCCAUCGUCGUCCGUAGUAGCACUUGCGCCGCCGAUCCUGGAUUCAAUACUCAGUACGCCACGUUCAACGGUAGUAAUUUGGAGUCCCCGGCGGUUGCUGCGACCGCGACUCGCGCAUCUAGGAAGCUCGGCAUCCUCCCGUUCCCCGGCUUUCUCAAGUGUGCGCUGGUGGCAAAUCUGAACGCGGGCAGUGUUCAGUCCAUCCUCGGGGGAGAUCCCGGUGCGGACGGCGUGGCGCUGGUGCAAGUGUACAGGUACAACGGGCAGACCAAUGUGAACAUCCGCCUGCGCGCGCACGCGCUCUCCUCCUCCCCCAUCGCCCAGACCAUCAACAAGGCCUACUCCGGCAGCAACGGGCUCCCCGUGUGGGUGGUGUCAGGGCAAUGGACGCGAGACAACAGCAACGACGUAUACACGCUGCAGAAGUGGUACUACGAGGCUAAUAAGAAGUACCCUCCCGGGUCUGCUAGUUCUGUGUACUCUAUCGUUCGGGCGAUGGCCGGGGAUCCGAGGCGGUACUAUGCGGUGGUGAGCUCUGUGACGCGGCCGCUGGGGGCGAUCAGGGGGCAGUUCAGGCGGACCCUGCCGUUCCUGCUGUACCCGUGGAAUCCCUGCUAG